GUUCAACAGUUUCAGUCGUACUUGACUCUUCGACCACGGCGAUUAUCAAUAUAAAGCAGCGGCGACGGUCAGCAAGACAAGGUUUCUGUGGAUUUCGUGUAUUUUCUUCGCACAGUGCAGAGGAACAUGCGAUCUCUUAAGUGUUUUGUGCCAGUGUUGGUACUCUUGUACCUGGGAAGCUCGUCAGCAGAACCUGGCGUGCUCCUAGAUUUAAUAAAGAAUCGCAAACACGGUGUGUUGGAUCCAUUGGGUCUGUUAUCUAAGGAACCACAGAGCUCGAGCAAUUCACGUUCGUUCGGGUCCAAUCUGCAAUUAGGAGGACUCUCGAUUUCGAGCAGCAUAGCCACCUCCUCAGCAACGGCUCAAGGCAACGGUGUUGCAACUUCCAACGCGAAUUCCCAGUCCACCGGGGGAGCCUCUGCGAAGGCUGACGCCAGUGCAUCUGCCCAAGGUUACGCCGGUUCUACAGGGCCAGAUUAUAAUUCUAACAUCGGUGGCGGCGACUACGGUCCGACGAGCUUCCAAGAAUACGAUAACGCCGACGACGGUUUUCAGCCGAUCACGAACGCGAAUCACGGUAGUAAUUCUGGCGCGAACGCCGUCGCAGGCGCCGGUGCAAAUGCUAAUGCGUACAUCAACGCAAACUCGAACGCCAACGCGAAUUCGAAUGCCAAUGCCAUCUCUAAUAGCGGUGCAUCACCGACCGGUUAUUAUUCCCCUCAAUACGCUCCGGCCGACAUAGUUGCCAAUACGAACGCGGAUGGUAAAACUGCGUUGAACAAUGGCGGAGGUGGCUAUUACACCCCUGGAAGUCUUCAGACUAAUGCGAACGCAGACGCGAAGGCAAAUUCAAUCAGCGGAUCGAGAUCUCCCGGCGACUACUAUUCUCCUCCCGGACGAAUUCAGAUCACUCUCCGCCCGACUGUCGAUGCAAAUGCGAAAUCGAAUAAUAUCGGCGGUGCAAGAUCACCGAGCAGUUACUACUCUCCGGGAAUCAUCCCGAGCAAUACAGGUGUACAGGGCAAUUUGAAAACGGACAGUGGCGCGGGAUUGCCGAUUGGCUAUUAUUCUCCAGGAGGUGUUCAAAGCAACGCGGUCGCCGGCGGUAGUGUCGUUCUCGUUCCUCAAAUGCAACCACCUAAACCAGUAAUCGGUUCUCCAUAUCCUUUCGAAGGGCACGAUCGUGAGAUACAAGUGAUCUCUCUGCCUGACAUGUCACCUGUACGUCCUUAUCCUCCUCCUCCUCCUCCUCCUCCUCCUCCUAUGGAGCAUCAUCACAGACGUCCCCAAAUAAUCGUCCAUCCGAAGCCUCCAGUUCGACAACCCCCGCAGAUCCCUCGUCAUCCUCCCAACAACGGAGAGGUAAUACCAGUGAUUGUCGCGGACGAACCACCGCGCGGUAGGCCGAGGUAUCCACGACCUGGUCGUGGUCCAGAACCCGACGUCAUCGUGAUCGUGGUCGAGGAGUCGCCGCAGCAUGGUCAAGCAGGUGGGUCUGGAAAGGGUGGCUACUAUCAACCAAACGGCUAUCAGCCCAACUAUCCGACUGGCCAGGCAGGAUCCAACGCAAACGCGAAUGCUAAUGCCAUUGCAACUGCAAACGCCAAUGCCAACGCCAAUGGUGGCCUCAGUGGCGGUUAUUCCGGACCUUCAGCUCCUGCUCAAGGAUCAGGAUACUAUCCAGGAAGUGCUCCGACCUCUAUCGGAGCAAGCAAUCCCUUCUUAAGUGGAUCUUCUCAGGGAAACGCCAACGCAGCCGCUAAUGCUAAUGCGAAUGCUAAUGCAGGAGCCAUUGCCAAUGGAAAUGCGUAUCCAGGAACAUCAGGGCCAGCUCAUAAUGGAAACUAUUACCCAGGCAGUUCCCAAGCUCCCAUUGGAACGUCCAAUCCAUUCCUGUCUGGUCACCAAACUCAAGGAUCGCCAAAUGCAGGCUCCAUUGGCAAUGCAAACGCUGGUGCGAACGCCGUUGCAAGUGCUGGCGCUAACGCUGGAGCAGUUGGAGGCUCUCAAGGACAAAUCGGUGCGAAUAAUCCCUUCCUCAGCGGUGGAGCCCAAGACGGAGUUUCUCACGGACUUGGACAUUUCGUGACACAUGUAAACCCGACAAAUGGCAAUAGCGGAGCGACAACUGGAGUUAAAGACGUUCCUGCAACAUAUCCUAGUCAGGGUAGCGGGCUAGGAAAUUAUGGACCGGUUGCAGGAUCAGCGGGUGCUGGAUCUGCAGCAAAUGCUGGGGCAAUUGGAAUUGGCGGAGGAUACAAUCUACCGAUUGACAAAACUCCUGUAAUCGGUACUCCCUCAAAGGGUGCCCCAAUCUACGGACCUUCUGGACCAACUUAUGGUCCUGGUGUCAGUGGAGUAAGCAAAGCUGGUGCUGGAGCUAAUGCCGGCGCUAGUGCUAAUGCUGGCGCUAGUGCUGGAAGUGUUGGAGGAGCUGGUGCUACUGGAAGUGGCAUUGGAGGUACUGGACCUGCUCUUACUGGAUACGGCAGUGGACAAGGUGGAGCUGGUGUUGGUGCUGGAAGCACUGGCGGUAACUACGGUGUUCCAAUAAAAGGUGUUCCCAUUUAUGGAACCCCUGGACCAGCUUACGGUCCUGGAGCUAGUGGAAUAAACAAAGCUAGUGCUGGAGCUAACGCUGGUGCUGGAGCUAACGCUGGUGCUGGAGCUAACGCCGGCGCUGGCGCUGGAAACACUGGAUUUGGUUCUGGAAGUGCUGGAAGUGGCAUCGGAGGUACUGGACCUGCUCUCACUGGAUACGGUAGUGGACAAGGUGGAGCUGGUGCUGGUGCUGGUGCUGGUGCUGGAAGCUCUGGCAGUAACUACGGUGUACCAACAAAGGGUGCUCCCAUUUAUGGAACUUACAGUCCUGGAGCCAGUGGAGUAAGCAAAACUGGCGCUGGUACCAAUGCUGGAGGUGUUGGUUUCGGAGGUUCUGGACCAGCUCUUACUGGAUACGGUGGUGGACAAGGUGGUGCUUCCGCUGGAGCUAAUGCCAAAGCUACCGCAUCAGCCAACGCAGGAGGCACUGGUGGUUAUGGACCAGCUUUUGGCAACGGUGCUACCGGAAACUCUGGAGGAAACGUUGGAGCUACUGGAACUGGAAAUAUUUAUGGCGGUCCAAGCAACGUUGCUCCUAUCUACGGAACGUCUGGACCAACUGGAGCAGGUUCGACAAGCAAAUCUGAUGCUUCGGCAAACGCUGGAAGUAGUGGAUCGGCUGGAAUCGGUGGAUCUGGUGGCUUUGGAACUGGAGCUAGUGGAUAUGGAGGAUCUGGAUCUGGUGGAUUUGGAGGAUCUGGAUCCGGUGGAUUUGGAGGAUCUGGAUCAGGUGGAUUUGGAGGAUCUGGAUCCGGUGGAUUUGGAGGAUCUGGAUCUGGUGGAUUUGGAGGAUCUGGAUCUGGUGGAUUUGGAGGAUCUGGAUCCGGUGGAUUUGGAGGAUCCGGAUCUGGUGGAUUUGGGGGAGCUUCCGCUGGUGCCAAUGCAAAAGCUGAAGCUUCCGCUACUGCUGGAUCAGGAGCUGGAUCCGGAGGCUCCAGCGCUGUUUCGAACGCCAAGUCCAACUCGUACACCAAUGGAGGCUUUGCUAGUAGCAGCUCGUCCGCUAAAUCGUCCGCCUCCGGAAGCGGAAGAGCCAGCGCGAAUGCACAAGCGUCUAGCCAAGCAUCGGGAUCCGGUGACAGUUCUGCUUCCAGCAACGCCGCCGCCAACAUAGACACGAGAAGCAUGCUCGUCUUCAAUUAAUCGUCCGAUUCCACUUAUUCGAACCAUUUAACCAUGGAAAAGACAAAAGAAAAAAAAGAAAAAAAAAGAAAAAAGUCGAACAUCAUGGAUUGUGCCAUCACUCUGAAGGUUUUAGAACAUUUCUGAUGCGCGAGCACGUGACUCGUACACGUGGCACAGCUUGCAAGAUCUGAAACACACCAACAAGUCAAGAGUUAAUGAUACAUCGAUCAACGAUGAUCGACUCAUCGAUCGCCGAUGCAAGACGAUUAGAAUCACGACGAGAAUCGUGAUAUUGUAAGAGAGAUUGAAUAUAAAUUGUAAUUGUAAUUGUGUGUUUCGCGGUUUUGCUCGUUACGCAACGAGUUUUAUUGCGCCUCGUUCUUCCUCACAAAACAAACGUGUAUACCAUCGGAGGUUGUCGAAUCGAGCUGUUUUAUUUUGUAAAAAAGGCGAAUUUAUUGUCACUUGUGAUAUCCUUCUUGCCAAUAUAUGAAGGCGAACGUUCUCCGUUUGAACCGAACUCUUGAUGUCUCUCUCGGUUUCUGUUAAUGUUAAUAUCGCGUAUUACGCUUGUGUUCAUUGACAUAAUUGUCUCGCCGAACCUUGUAAUAUCAGUAGGUUUAGAAACUUUUCAGAGUGUCUUCCUCGCUUUUGUUUUAAUCUUCUCGCGCAGGUGAAUAAUACUCUAAUCAUUACGUCGAUGUAAAAUUAGCUAGACCCGUUUUAAUGUUACUAUAAGUAUAUCCAGAGCAGAUAGAACGUUAUCUUUUGUGGCAUUAUACGCAUAGUUUAGAAGAUGUUUUAUUUUAAUUGUAAAUUAUGGUAGCACUGAAGUUCGAGAUAACGUUUUAUCUGUACUUGAACGACAUUGAAUUAUGUUGCAGCGCUCUAAUUAUUAUCGUUGAUAAUAAGAGACAAUUUUUAUAUUAGUUCAUAAGCAAAUGAAUGGCAUUGUGACCUCCUGUGAACUCCAUCGGACAAGAGUAUAGUUCAUUUAUCGAUUAUUUGAAAUGAUACAUAUAACACUGUGUUUCAUAGACAAAAUACAUAUAGAUCAUUGGCAACGAGUAA